AUUUAUCUGCUGCAGCGCCAUUUCUGCAACCAAAAAUCUCAUACCUAUCUUAGGCCACACGAGGUUUAUGUCUCAGGUGGGCCCGCCCCCACUGGUAGAGGUUUCAUCCCCUGGGGUUUCUCCCUCUGCCAUAGGGAUGUGCCCUUCCUGAUUCGACGCCUCGUUCUCCUUAAGUUUCAAGUUUAAAGAGGACAGCAUAUAGUUGAUCCUGUCCUCUCUCUCCCUGAUUGUUUUGGCGUCAUCCAUCCCAAGACCAAACACAAAGAGGUUGCCUGGAGAGGCAGUCUCGGGUUUGACCUCGCAAUUUUUUAACGCAAGCCCAUUGGUUCUGACGCACCAGUCCCGGUAUCCACACGGUCGCCCUCACCAGCCUUAGUAGCUUAGGCAAGGGGACCACGUUAAGUUAUGCGCCUUCCCACAUGGGUGUUAGAGAGCGCACUAUUAAUGCCUCUGAAAGUGGCUGCUUGUCUUCUCGAUGCCAGGCACUGUUCAAGUUCUCUGUCCAGUGUCUGUUUGUACCAUCACCACCUAGUCAGCAGUCAACUUACCAAGUGUGUACAUCAAUUACAGCUACACGGAAAUGAGUUGCAGCUACCUCCCUGUAGCUAUGUUCUUUAGAGGUAAUCUCCUGCCUCCUCAUCCUCUUUUGCUUUUGUGCUACCGGAGGUGUGGAGGUUGAAGACCGUACUCUCUUUUUUGACUCUGAAGUCUUUUUUCCCCCGGGUUAUUUAGAGGUGGCUAUUGUAGCCUGCCCUUUGCCCUUGGAGUUUAUCCCGGAGGAGGAUGGGCCCGGUUUAGCUUGCAAGCGAGCCUUCGUCCGCCUUUUUACCUCAGCCCCGCUGAUUCGCUUCAUCUUAGGAGGCUGCAACCCUACAGUGACUAGGUUUUCAGUUUGAGGUGCUCCCGAAGUCAUUUCCUCAGUGGAUUUACUUGUUUUUUAUCCAUAUCUUGGAUCUCGAUGUCGUCCUUCUGCGUCCCCACCCACCACGAAGUCGAAGAAGAGGACAUCGAACUUCGACGCCAGAGCUAGCAGAAGGAUAUGACCCUCAGGUAAACUCAGCCUCAACAAGUGAGGCUACUCGUGCUUAGACUACACCUCCCCCAAGGACUAUCCCUGUCGGCGAUCUGACCCGAUGACGCAGCCGAUUGAUCUGAAAUGGGUUAGUCCCGACCUCCCGUUUUGGUGGAAAUCCAGGCCAAAGAGGCGUGUUGCCCAGCGUUGGUGAUCACACUGCACCAAGGGGGGCUCAACCUCCAGGAUUCCUUCAUCCCACCUUACGGGUCUCCAAACACGGCACAAACACGCGGGAGGUGGUUCAUGCCGUUUUUCAUGUUAACUUGAGUGGUCGUUAAUAAGCCAAAAGGACUCCUGAGCACAUCUAGUAAGUUUUGCCAUAACGGGAAACAAAAAUUGUUUAUAUUUGACAGUUUUCGUGAACGGUUUUCCAGCAGUUGCAUCAUGAAGAUACUUAAGCAUCUUAUAGUUGGGUCCAUUUUCAUUAUAUUUAUUGGCUUGGUGAUUUUUCACGAAAUAUUUUCUGAGAAUUACAAAGUAUCGCCCCUUUUGGAAUGGCAUGCCUUGAUACCUAGUUGGGGAGAUCUGAUGAUGCUUUCAGGUCUCCUGGCUAUCGGAUACGUGAUUCAAUCCACUCUUCAAAACUUUCGAAUUGCUACUCCCUACGGUGCCUUUAUCAUCAUGGUAGGUUUCAUCUGGGGUAUGUUUUGCUUCUACGACCAAGUGAUGAUGCACGCGUCGAACAUCAUGAACAUUAGUCCACGUGAACUAUAUUUUGUUUUCGUGCCGGUGAUGGUAUUUCAGAUGUCUUUCAGCAUGGACGGACCUUUAUUUUUGAAGACGUUGUCGCAAACCUUUGUGAUUGGCGUUUUUGUGAAUGGUCUUUCAGCUACGUUGUUUGGAAUUUUAUCCAAUGCCGUUAUCGCUGCGUCGAGGGACACAGAGGUAGGCAUUAUUUUCGGGAUUACCGCAUCAGCUACGUUUCCUCAACGCGUAGUAAACAUAUUGAAGCAACAAUCUACGAUCACAAAACAGAUAGGCAUACUUCUGGAAGGUGAAGCGCUGUUUGUUUUCAUCAUUGUCGAUAUAACGUACAAAUUUACACUGAGUUAUGUAAAUCAGCACAUGGUAUGGUGGUACCAGUUUCUGUUAGUGGGAAUUCGCGUUUUAUCUACUGGGAUCCUUACUGGUUUUCUUUUCGGAUACGUCGGUCGCUACAUGAUGCGCAAAAUGUGCACUAACCGACUGAGUGUGUACCUAAUAUGUCUAGGAAUGCCAUUCAUGGCCCACAGCUUCUCAGAAGUGUACACUUCCGGAUGCGGAUCCAUAUCAGUACUGAUCAUGGGAGCAAUGAUGGGCAUGGAAAGAACAGCUUUACCCAAAGAAAUCGACAUGUUUCUAAUUGACUUUUGGAAUGUCGCUGCUUUCAUUGUAGACACGGUUUUGUUGUUGAAAUGCGCGAUGCUGGUAGCCACAAAUUUUGGGCCCAUACUCCCUUGGUACCAAUAUCCGCUGACACUUGUUGUGUACGUGAUAGCCUACAUGGCGCGAUUUCUUUGUUUCCUUGUAUUUUUACCCAUUCUCAAAAAGUUAGGCUACGGAAUGAACCUAAAGUACAUAAUCGUGUGCACUUGGGGAGCGCUCAAAGGUCCUUUUGGCUUAUUAACGACCACUGGUGCGGGCGAGUACAAAGUGCACCCAGAACAUGGAAGACUUUUCCUCUUUCACAUAACCGCCCUUUAUUUCUUCUCUGUCUUUAUCAAUGGGACAUUUAUUACCCUAAUUUUGUCUUUUCUGGGUCUAUCCAAAAUUUCUAUGGCGCGGCAAGUUAAUAUGAACAACUGCAUGAAGCAUAUCUUCGCAAAAAGGGAUAAAACUGUCGCUGUGUUGAAAAUGGAUAAAUUUCUAGCCGAUGUUAACUGGCCCGUAGUCAUAGAAUCUACCGAGAUGGCGCACCCGUAUUAUACGGGUAUGACUGACGAAGAAGAUGAAGGUUUUUUAGGUUAUAGAUUCACUUGGUGCGGAGAUUGCAAAAAAGAUAUUCUUCAAGAACCAUCCCAGAAGGAAAUGCAAGAAAUGAUGAAAGAAGCCACAAUGAGAAUAUUGAAAGCAAGAAGAAUGUGUUAUUCGCGUCAGUAUGAAAACGGAAUGAUGACCAAAGAAGGAAUAAGAAUAUUGAGUAGAAAUGCAGAACUUGCCAUGGAUUCUGCGGAGCUGGACAUGGGCAUAGAAAAUAUCUGCAAGAAUUUUGUCGAAGAGAAUUGGUUCAAACGAUUCGUUAGAAAACAGUCUCAAAAAUUCAUCGUGGACCGAGGUUCUAAAUACAAGAAACCAAGAACUUAUUGGAGACGCAUGUGCUAUAAAAUUGUGCUGAAGAACACAUUAUUUGAAAAGAUUAUGUUUCUUAUAGCUAUACUACACCUGUUUGUAAUUAUUGCUGACAUGUAUUUUAAUCCGUCGCUGCUUCCAUUGGAAGGAGAUGAUGAUGAUCUUGUUGGACAUGAUUAUGUUUUGAUGAUGGCACAGAUUGUUUUUGUCAUCAUAUUUGUUAUUGAAGCCGUAAUAAAAAUUUUAGCUUACUCAUGGGUCUACGUAUGCUACCAUGGAUUUCGAACUUAUUUCAAAUCGGUGUGGAAUAUUAUUGAUGUUGUGGUUAUUGUCGUUUGUGUGCUAGCGAUAGGAAGUGAUGUGUGGAAAAUAGCCACCCACGUACAUGAUCGCAGCAUGUUGCGCCAAGUCAUCGAUGUUCUCAGACUGCUUCGUGCAGUGCGACUUCUCCAGAUAUUUCGAAUAUUCUUCGAGGAUGCCAUACAUAUUCUGGACAAAGUACACGAUACAGGUUUAGCGCUUUCUUUCGAACUAGGAAAGUGUUACAUUGCUGGAGAAAAAGAAAUUUUAGAUAUGCUUCCCUAUAUGAUAGACAAUACGAAAAUCAGAAACGAAAUGAAGCAGAAAAUCGAAGAAAAUCAACUAGUACUGCAGCAGUUACUUGGUAUGGUACAGAAAGAUAGAUCUUGGAUAGCGAUCACGGUAAAGACGACCCAGGCCAUUCGGAUGGUUCUCAAUGGCAUGAAAGAAUCGAUUAAUCAACUCAAAUCCACUGGUUGGGUGGACACGUUCGAAUACGAGAAGUUGGUAGAGUCGUUGAAUGAAUGUUACAAGAAAGUCAACGCCAUCCAAAAAGUUCAACCUAACUCUCCAAAAACCCUCUUCAAGGAAGUGACAUGGAUGGCAGAUGACGAAAACCUCAUCGAAUUUCUUUUUGAGAACGUGAAAGUGAGAACAUUUGCACCUGAUGAAGUGGUUUUUGCAGAGGGAGAAAUUGCCGACGGUAUCUACAUUCUCGUCACAGGACUCCUGAUAAUGACCUAUAAACCAAACCCAGAUACGAUUAAAGACUUGAAGGAACGUGGUCUUUUGCCCAUAGUGGACUACUUGUCGGUUGCUCAGUAUGAACAAGAAGUGGUAGAUUUCAUUAUUUCGGGGAACUGUUUAGGGGAGGUGAGCACCCUGACGGAGAAACCUUACAAUUGUACCAUAACGGCAAACACCCACAGUCAAGUUUACGUUUUAACUCAUGGCGUACUGAAACGAGCUAUGGCAAUGAAUCCAGAUCCUGUUACAGGGUUGGCGGCGAAAAUAUGGAAGGAAGUCGGUUUGCGAAUAACUGUUCCAUUGCUGAUGUCAGUUCCAGCAUACCAAACUAUUUCUCAAGAUCAAAUCAAAUACGCUCUAGAACGAGCGUUUGUACCAGAUCUCAGGAAAUACAAAAUUUUUGCCGUGACGGAAAUUAUAGAAGAUAUAGUUCUUAUCAGAGGUGUAGUUAUCGAUUACAAUACCAGAAAUAUGUUCGUUGCCCCAUGCUACAUCCCUAGGUAUGUUAGUUGGCAAGUUCAUUUCUCAUUGUUUCGUAAUCCGUUACGUAACAGGACGGUACAGAGACUAAUUUUGUCGGCUAGUAGUUUGAUGAAUGCCGCUUUUUAUGGUAGUUCACAAACGAAAAUGUUAAUAGUGCCUUCGAAGGACGUCGACGAAUACGAUGUGAUGGCGUUAGCUAAGGAAACGUGCGAACUGGUUAGCACAAGUUCAACUAGUCAGUGUCUACAACACACUGUCAAAGGACGAACGGGUGAUUCGAGAAGAAAUAGACAAAUGCGAAGAGAAUUAGCUCAAAGGCGCGGAGCAACCGGCAGUACAACAAGUUCGAAAGCAGAGUCUACCGCCUCGCACGGACAUUCUGCGUCGUCCAUGAUGUUUACAACGAGCCAGUCCGAAACAGGUAGCGUUUUCAUGCAAGCCGAGGAAGUAGAAAAAAAGAUUGACGCAGAUGAAGUUCCUGAAAAUAAAGCGCAUGCAAAUUCGGAGACGUUACCACCACCGGCAACUAACAGACGCAGGCAGUCGUUGUUCUUUUUGUAAUUUUUAAAUGUUAGAUGCUUAUGAAUGGAUUUUGUCUUGUUA